UGGAGAUGCUGGGGUACCAGUGAAGGGUUAUCUUUCACUGGCUUUGUCUUUUUUUUUCUUUUUUCUAUCUUUGCCCCUCCCACUUCUUUUAAGCAUGGACAGGUACAGGGCGUUAGAAUAUUAACAUACAAUGCUGUGGUAUUUAUUGUUUUACGUAAUCUCUGUCACUGAAGCCAGGUACUUAUAGUCAUGCACGGUAAAGGAGAUGAAAGACCUUAAACAAGUAGCGCUGGAUACUCUCAGUUUCCUGCCUCCAUCUCUACACAAACUUUCUGUGUUUUCUGUGUGACUUGUGGAAUUAAGCUGCCUGCUAUUUAAGCUCUGAGGACAUUUUUAGUGCUUUUCUGGGGGAGGAAACCUAUUUUAUUUUUAUUUAGUUAUUUAUUGGGGUUGAAGAUAAAUCCUUGAACAACAGGCGGAUGGUCAGUCAGGCAGCCAUGCGAGGCCAGCGUAUGGUGGAGUAUCGGUGCUGGAACCCGGCCGUCUGGGUCCUGCUGUCCCUGCUGGGAUCCCUCCUCUUGGUGGCAGUCAGUGUGCUGCUGCGACUCGGUGACCUAAAAAUAAACAGACGUGCUAUAAGUAUAUCUGACUCUGUCUCACAAAUCACCGAGCCAACGGCGUACGAAGUGCGACUGGUGAAUGGCCGUAACAGGUGUGAAGGUAGGGUGGAGGUGCGUCGCCACAAUGAAACAUGGGGCACGGUGUGUGAUGACGACUGGGACAUGGUGGAUGCCAACAUGGUCUGUCGGCAGCUGGGCUGUGGAGUAGCCGUGGCGGUAGGCACCAGCUCUCAGUUCGGACAAGGCACCGGCCCCAUCCUGCUGGAUAAUGUGGACUGCAGAGGAAGUGAAACAGAUCUCAGCCAGUGCCAUAGUCUGGGCUGGGGCAUCCACAACUGUUACCACUAUGAGGAUGUUGGUGUUACCUGCAGAGCGGUGGAGCCAAGAAGUACCGAGAAUCACACCACACCGUCCAAGGAGAACUCUGGUUUACGAGAUGGCACCAUCCGUCUGGUGAAUGGACAGAACCCCUGCCAGGGCCGGGUAGAGAUCUACUACCAGGGAAGGUGGGGUACAGUGUGUGAUGAUGACUGGGUCCUCACCAAUGCCCGGGUGGUGUGCCAACAGAUAGGCUGCGGUAUUGCCGUCUUUGCACACACCAAUGCCUACUUUGGCUACGGAACCGGCCUGGUUCUCCUGGAUAACGUCAACUGCUACGGCAAUGAACCGGAGCUAAUGAGGUGCAAAAGCCUGGGCUGGGGCAAACACAACUGUGGCCACCAUGAGGAUGCUGGGGUCACCUGCACAGGAUCCACUUCUGUAAUUCCUCCGAUAACAGACAACGGGAGAGUGAUCAUUGGAACAUAUGUCACUGAAGCAACAUAUAAAGCUACAGACACCACGUUACCAAGUACAACACCUCUCACCACAACUGCUGUGACAAAAGGCCUACCCACUGUCCGUCUGGUGAAUGGAAACACUACCUGCCAGGGUCGUGUCGAGGUCCGCUAUGGAUGGAUCUGGGGUACAGUGUGUGACGAUGACUGGGGAAUGCUCAACGCCAACGUGGUGUGUAGGCUGGUCGGCUGUGGCCCAGCUAUAGCGGCCAAGAGUCAGGCCUUCUUUGGCUAUGGUCCGGGUCCAAUCCUGCUGGACAAUGUACAAUGUAAAGGCAAUGAAGCGGAGCUGUCCCAGUGCUUCCACCUAGGCUGGGGUCUGCACAACUGUGGUCACCAUGAGGAUGCUGGAGUUAUCUGUCAACCUUUUAACCCAGACGUCCAUGAAACAUCACGUGACUUUGUAGUAACGGAAACAACAACACAGACCAUCACACUACCCCCUGAAGGAGCGCUGAGGCUUGUGGGUGGCCAGCACCAUUGCGAGGGCCGCGUGGAGAUGUACUUUAAUUCUCAUUGGGGCACAGUGUGUGAUGACGCAUGGGAUCUGCCCGAUGCUCAGGUUGUGUGUCGCCAAGUGGGGUGCGGAGAUGCCACUGCAGCUCAAGGGGAAGCUUUCUUCGGGCCCGGCAGGGGAACAAUCGUGCUGGACAAUCUCAAGUGCAGCGGUGCCGAGACCUCCCUGCAGGAGUGCUCCCAUAUAUCCUGGGAUGUGCACAACUGUGACCACACUGAAGAUGCUGGCGUCACCUGCUCGCUGUCGUGAUUUCAGCAGAACCACACUCCCAUCUCCACCGUGGGUAGGAAGUGGGCGUACCAACCUGGGACUUGUAUACAUUAUGUAAAUAACAGCUGUCACAUUGCUGAAGAAAACCCCCGACACCAACAACAUACAAAAUAACUAAUAUGACAAUAUAUGAUUACAUACUAUAAACUAUCUAUGCCUAUUAAGCACUUUAUGAAUAAAUAUAUGAUAUAAAAUACAAUGUACACUGUUUUUUAUUUGAUAAACAAAGAUUUUAACUGUCUGUCUCUCUCAUCUUUGUCCCAAAAUGUUAAAAAAAUAAGUACUGUACAUGUGAUUCUUUGAUGAUUAAAUGAGGUAUACUGGGGGAAAUCCGUCAAUUAUUAAUUAUGUGGAUAAAGGGAGACAUUUUUUAAGGACUUGAGCGCCAUAAUUUGCAAAUAUGUAUGAUAAAAAAAACUGAAAUAUGCAGUAACUGGGAAAAACAUUAUA